CCUUCCCUUUUUCAGCAAGGACUUGGCCGAAUUGAUGAUGAGUCUUCUGAGGAGGUUUAUUAAAGGAGAAUUCCUUCACAACCUCACUCCACUGCAGCUCACCAGGCUGGAGGUGACGGAUAAGGACAUACAGCUCAGCCCGCAAAAAAUCAACAUUGGCCUAGGUGCCGAGUCCGCCCUCAAGAGUGUGAAAGAUGCAGAGCUGAGGAUCCUAGAAUUCAAGAGGGAGUGCAUUCAGGCUCUUUGCAACAUAGUCCAGAAAGUGCAGGACAAGAGCCCACUGAAAUACCGGACGGUCAGGCAGAUGGUGUGCUUGGAUCCUUUAAGGAUGUUUAGGCACCCAGAUCAGAGCAGGGAGGAAAUGAAAGGGCUCGUUCAGAGAUUUCUUGAAGACAAGCAGCUGCCUGACCCUUCUGCUGGAGAUAUCAUACUUCAACAGUUUGACUGUGUAUUGUCCACGGAGAGCCGUAGUGAGGACUUCCUGGCGUUUACACCCAUGAAGCAGAGGCUGGAUGUCUUUCUCAGCCGUGCGAUGGAACCAUAUGCAGAACUGUGGGGAUUUUGCAGAAAGCUUCUUGUCCUCUCUCAUGGCCAAGCCACCGUUGAGCGGGGAUUCUCUGUGAACAAAGAGGUGGAGUCGGACAACCUGCACCAGGACACAGUGGUGACAAGGAGGCUGGUGUGUGAUUACAUUUCUGAGCACGGAGGUGUUACACAGGUUCCACUCAGUAAGCAGCUCCUGGACCAUGUGGCAAAAGCACGAACCAGAUACCGUUUCCACCUGGAGGAGCAGCGAAAGGAGAGGGAGGCGAAAGAUGCAGAAAGGAAGCAGAAAGAGGCAGAGGACAAUUUGCAGGAAUUAAAAUUGAAGAGGAGACAGGUACAGGAGGUGUGUGAUGGUUUAGCAAGGGAUGCUGACAGGCUGGCUGAGGAGGCAGAGGCGAAGUCAGGGAGCAAGAUGGCCACUUUGAUUGCCAGGUCCAACAUAAUGCGAAGAGGAUACAAAGAGAAGUUGGCAGAACUGGCUAUGCUUGAUAAGUCGAUCACUGCCAAGAGUGCAGAACUUAGAAAUUGACUGCAUUCAGGCUCAUAAGAUUUGAGAUUGUUCAUUAAAAAUAUCAGUAUGUUACUGUGAAUGAACAAGUUUAAGUGCAAUUAUGGUUCUCACCUAAAAUGUUUUUUUUUAACUUGAAGUACGUGUUGCCCAAAAAUGGUUGUCAUUUAGCAAGUGGUUUUUUUUUUUUUAUGAUGCUUUAGGCAGGAAUGGAUGUAAAGGCAUAGCUCUUGUGGUAAGUCACUGUUGUUAAUAACUGUUGUUAAUAAUUUUAAUAAAUCUGUUAAUGGUAAACUUAAAUGUGUUUUUCAUUCACAGAAUUUGGAAGUGAAGCCUAUGCAAUGUAUUAUCAGUGACUCAGAAUAUCCAGAAUCUUUUAACGUCAAAGACAACUUAGAGACAGAAAUUAAUUCAGCAAGGUGUCACACAAAGUUAUCACACAAAAGGACAUCCUCCAUUGACCCCGAAAAUAAAUAACAGUCUCUUAAUUAAGCAUCGUCUGCUGAACAUUACAUGAUUUUGUAUUGUGGUGGUGUUCGGUGAGUACUCUGUACAUCAUCCUUUGCGCAUUUUCACAUUUUUCUAAGAAACGAGUACACACAACUUGAGAUGUUUGUUUCCGGUGAAUUAUGGUGAACUGCGAUAAAGGUCUUAAAUUUGUGGAUUAUUGGUCUUAA